UGCAGCUUUCUUUCAGAGGAAGUGACGUCAGUUUGCAAAGCACUCUGGGAAGUACCGGUGUCAACGGGACGAAAACGUGCUCGGGGACAGACUUUCAGCUCGUGCUCUCUGACAUUCAUCAAUGUCACAGAAAUGGAAAUUAAACCGGAAACACAGAAACGUUACAUCUGCUCGUUCCCUGACUGCUCGGCCGCUUACAACAAACAGUGGAAGCUGAACGCUCACCUCUGUAAACACACUGGAGUGAAGCCCUACACAUGUGGCCAUGAUGGCUGCGGUAAGUCCUUCUGCAGCCCGUACCACCUGUCCCGACAUGACCUCACUCACAGCGGUGUGAAGCCCUUUGAAUGCACCGUGGAGGGCUGCAAAGAGGCCUUCACCACCAACUCCAACAGGACCAGGCACAUCAGCAGGGCUCACACUGAGGAGGAGCAGAAGAAGUAUGUGUGUAAAGUUGAAGGCUGUGGGCUCGAGUUCAAGAAGAACAAGCAGCUGAAGUCCCACAUGUGUGAGCAGCACACUCAGCUGCCACCUUACCAGUGCAGCUAUGAAGGAUGUGAGAUGCGCUUCACCUUCCCCAGUAAGCUGAAGCGACACCAGAAGGUGCACAGAGGCUACCCCUGCAAGGAGGAGGGCUGCAGCUUCACAGGGAAGACCUGGACUGAGUACCAGAAGCACAGGAAGGAGCAGCACAGGCUCACAGUCCGGUGUGAGCACUGCAGCAAGGAGUUCAGGGACUCGUGGUUCCUGCAGCAGCAUCAGCACAUCCACUCAGACGUACGCGUGGUGCUGAAGUGUCCCAGAGAAGGCUGUGAGAGGUCUUUCACCACGGCCUUCAACCUGCAGAGCCACAUCGGCUCCUUCCACGAGGAGCAGAGGCCCUUCGCCUGCACCCACGCGGGCUGCAGGAAGACCUUCACGAUGAAGCAGAGUCUGCAGCGUCACAGCAUCGCACACGACCCCAUGAGGAAGAAGAUCAAGAAGCCUCGACCGAAGAGGUCGCUCGCUUCCAGGUUGAGCGGUUAUGGUGCAACAAAGAGGGUGGUGCCCAAGAAGCGCAGGGUGCCUGAGAACCAGACUGAUCUGCCAGGCUCUGUGGAGCUGGUGUCCCUCCUGCAGGACACGUCUCUGCUCUGCAGCCCUGCUGUGGAUGCAAUAACCAGCUCCAUGACUGCACCUCUGUCAGUGUAGAGUCAGAUAUGAUGCACUUUAAAGAGUUUUGUUGUGCAUACAUCAACUUGGUGGAGGUUUUUCAGUGUUGUAUGCAUUCAUCCCACCAGUGUAAUGGUUGUUUUUGCAACCAAGCUGAUUUGUAGUUUGGGGCUGGAACCUAAAAAGACUAAACUUUAAGAUUCAUUUCUUAAUCAUCUGCAUUCUCUAUGAAAUGAAAACCUCAAUUUUGAGUCCUUGUUGUCGCCAUAUUCAGUCCUUCCAGCUGUUACCGACAGCAUUUGAUGUUUUUGGCGCCCCUUCCUUACUUCUGGAGCUUUUAAAUGCACUAUUUUUCUGCCAUUUGUAUAAAAGAAAAUCUAUUUUUGUCCAUGUUGUUUCAUACAAGAUUAUUAAGACAAUUUAAUAUGUUAUAAAAUAUGCAAAAAAACACAACUUUGCAAAAGCAAGUGUUUAAAUAAAACAUGGAUGCUUAA